AUGCAAGCAGCAGAGAUACCAAUAGAUUCGCUUACUUCAGGUGCGCCCAAUUCCACCAGUAAUCAAACACCGAAUGAUAUUCACACUGACUUGAAACAUGUCGCGAAUAUCAGAGAAAACUCCUCGAAAAUCAGCAAAAAAUUGUUUUGGACCAAAGGUGGACUCACAAGUUUGCUAGCGAUUGCCGUAGUCUGUGCAGCGAUAAUUCCAACAGCACUCAUUCUUAGUCCACUCAAUGUUUCAUCGGCAACAAAUGCAACAACAGUUGCAGUAACAAUAAUAACGCUAAAUUAUAUAACUGUUGUAGGAGCAACGACUGUAGGAAUAACAGCAACAGUAGCUACAACGACAACUGUAGCAACAACCGUUGGUACCACAGUAUCAACAACAACUGCACCAACGACAACAACUGUAGCAACUACAGUUGGUACCACAGUAUCAACGACAACUGUGGCAACAACAGUGAGUACCACCGUAUCAACAACAACGACUGUAGCAACAACGACAACUGUAGCUACUACAGUUGGUACCACAGUAUCAACAACAACUGUAGCAACAACAGUGGCUACCACCGUAUCAACAACAACGACUGUAGCUACAACAACUGCACCAACGACAACAACUGUAGCUACAACGACAACCGUAGCUACGACAACUGUGGCAACAACGACAGUCACCUCAUGUACACCAGGUAGCAGCUGGAAUUCGACUGGUAUAACGAUUGCUGGUGUGACAGGUGUACUGGGCACGAAUUCAACUUUGCUUAGUUAUGUGAAUGAUGUCGGAAUUGAUAUAUUUUCCAAUAUUUAUGUUGCCGAUGCAAAUAAUCAACGAAUUCAACGAUUUGCAUUGAAUGCAACUGUUGGCCAGACGGUAGCCGGAGUUGUCAGUACUAUAGGUUCAGCAGCUACUUUGUUCAAUUACCCUCGUGCUAUAUUUGUUCUUUCAAGUACAUUGUUUGUUUCCGAUCUUUACAACUAUCGAAUACAAAAGUUUACCUACAAUACGUCAACUGGCGUUACUUUUGCUGGAGGAAAUGGCCAAGGAUCAGGUUUGAACCAAAUAAACCUUUGUUACGGUGUCUAUGUUGAUACGACUGGGACUAUCUAUUAUUCAGAUUUUACGAAUAAUCGAAUUUUGAAAAAGCUCAACUCAUCUUCCACUGGUGUUGUCGUUGCUGGUAACAAUGGUGUUGGUAGUGCAUCGAAUCAAUUCAAUGGACCGAUGGGUAUCUACAUAGAUGCAAACAAUCAAUCAAUUAUUUAUGUGGUUGAUAGUUCGAAUCACCGAGUGCAGCGGUGGGUUAUUGGGGGAACAUCUGGUACAACGGUAGCAGGUGGAAACUCAAAUGGAUCUGCUCUAAAUCAGCUGAAUACCCCGAGAGCAGUUAUUAGCGAUUCAAACAGUAAUCUUUACAUUUCGGAUACAAAUAACCACCGAGUCGUUAUGUGGGCUAGUGGAUCAACUAUUGGAAUACUCAUAGCAGGAACUAGUGGAGUUUUAGGUUCAACAGCAACAACACUGAAUUAUCCUAAUGGAAUUACAUUCGAUGCAAACAAAAACUUGUAUGUAGCUGAUUCCUGUAAUUUUCGCGUCCAGAAAUAUACCACAUGUGCAGUUACGACAACAACAACAACAACAAUUGCAAGUGGGUGA